CACAUAGAAUUACAAUCUAUACAAAAUAUAGCAGAAGAGCAAGAAAGACGUGUGUGAACUGCCAACACUUGAACAUUUUUCUGUUUGGUUUUGAUUUUAUAAUAACACCUGUGAAAACAUACCAGAAACCCAUUGCCAGAAACCUGCAACUGCUUAAAAUCAUGCGAUGCCAUCAAUGGGUUUCAUUCUGAAUGUUUCUCUAAUUAAAGGGGACGUUUUUACCUCUUAAUCUUUCCAGGAAUUCAAGAUAUAUGAAGUUUUAGUUGUAGGGAAGAAUCGUUUUCAUUGAAAGAAUCACACAAGGGAGUGGAAGAUGCUGAAAAUCCCAGAUCAUCAGGUUGCUGGUCACCAAGCUCUUAGAGGACAAUUAGGCCCACAGAUUGAUGAAUCAGGCCGCUUUUACAAGCCUCUCCAGCAAGAUGAACGAGGUUCUAGAGAGCUUGCUUUCUACGAAGCUCUCAAUUCUAGCUCAAAAGUCAAGAAGCAAAUUCUCGGUUUCUUUCCUGCGUUUUAUGGUACUCAGAUACUUGAGGCAUCUGAUGGAUCUGGACUCCAUCCACAUCUCGUUUUGCAUGACGUUGUCUCAGGUUAUGUGAAACCAUGCAUCAUGGACAUCAAGAUUGGAUCACGAACAUGGUAUCCUCAAGCAUCAGAGGACUAUGUUGCGAAGUGUCUCCGCAAAGAUAGAGGAAGCACUAGCGUUCCAUUGGGUUUCAGAAUAUCCGGCUUGCAGAUCUACCAAGGUGAAAAACCCGGUUAUUGGAAGCCGGACAAAAAGCAAAUACAGAAGUAUACUGUACAGGAUGUCAGACCAGUUCUCAAUAAGUUUGUUUCUUCAAUUCCUUCGAGUAGUUCAGACUGCGAUCCUGAUCGUGCUCUAGCACAUGAUGUCUAUGGCGGUUUAUCUGGAAUAUUGAGACAACUGAAGGAGCUAAAGUCAUGGUUCGAGACUCAAACUGACUAUCACUUCUAUUCUUGCUCGAUUCUCUUAAUUUACGAUGGAGAGUCAGAAACGAAAGGCGGAAAUCCUCAGUCGACCAUUAAGCUUAUUGAUUUUGCUCAUGUUUUUGAUGGUGACGGUGUCAUUGAUCAUAACUUCUUGGGUGGUCUUUGCUCGUUAAUCAAAUUCAUUGCAGAGUCAUCGACACCACCGUCCACCAAACCCGCAAGGAUGAAUGGUCUGGAUUCGUGAAGCUAGUGAAGUUCAUGCUUUUUUGACUGUCGAACUUCUCUGGUUUAGAUUUAUAGUGUCAAAUUAUCCAGUUAAUAAUUUUUGUUAAAUUACAAAAAUUUCAGCUUUGGUUUGAUUUGUUUGGAACAAAUUAAAAUAUCUUGUUAUUUGUGCUUUCUUUUAUACUAGUCCUAUAUAACAAGGGCUCAUGUAUUGUGGUGUUUUUAUAGCUAAAUGGAUUGGUUUUUUUUUUUUACUUGUUUAUAUUUAUAAGUAUACACUUGGGUGAUGCUGAAUUGCUGGUGUGUUCAACGUACUAGCUUGGACAGGUCUAUUUGUAAUCUUAAGGGGUUUCUUGGAUCGAGGAUAAAUAUUUAAAGAGGUAAAAAGUCAAACUAGUGAAA